AUGCCCACAGGCAUGCUCCUGAGAUCACUCCUCAUCGCCACAAUUUCAUCCAACCGAUUUCUACUCUCGCCAUCUCUUUCCCUCCUGGCAUUUUUCUCAAAGCCGGGAAGGUCAUAUCUCUUUGAUGUCGACCGGAACCCAGUGCUCCAUGCAUUGCUGAAGAGGACUCUAUACAACCAGUUCUGUGCCGGAGAGUCUGAACAGAGCACUCGCAAAACCUGUCGAGCACUCAAAGACCUUGGCUUCAAGGGCGUCAUUCUCACAUACGCAAAAGAGAUAGUCUUCGACCAUAGCACAAACACAUCCCACGGAGCGAGUUCCAUCUCUGAGUCGGAACUACAGUCAAGCUCUGAAGUUAAGCACGAUGCCGAAAUUGCGGCAUGGGCCAAGGGAACACUGGAUACUAUCGAUCUUAUCAGUGAGGGAGACGUGCUCGCUCUUAAGACUACUGGCGCUGGAAUCACUGUCGGAAAGGCAUUCAACAAUGGCGAUCUUCCCCCUCAGCAGAUGCUUGACGCACUCGAUGAGAUCAGCACCCGAUGCAAGGAACGCGGCAUCAAGAUCAUCGUUGACGCCGAGUCCCAGCACUUCCAGAAGGGCAUCGCUAGGGUCACUCUCGAGCUGAUGCGCAAGUUCAACCGUGACGGCUAUGCAGUCAUCUACAACACCUACCAGGCCUAUCUCAAGGGUACCCCCGCCGUACUUGCUCACCAUCUCUCCGAGGCGGAGAAGGAUGGCUUCACUCUGGGUCUCAAGCUCGUCCGUGGCGCUUACAUCUACUCUGACGACCGGGCUUUGAUCCACGACACCAAGCAGGACACCGAUAACGCAUACAACACCAUUGCACAGGGCGCUCUUCGCCAACACAUUGGCGACUUCGGUGGCCAGGGACCCAAUGCACGCAAAUUCCCCUCCGUCAACCUUUUCCUCGCCAGCCACAACAGGGAGAGCGUUAUCGAGGCACAGCGACUCUACCUCCAGAGGACAAGGGAGGGCAAGCCAACAGUCCCCGUAUCGUUCGCACAGCUCCACGGCAUGUCCGACGAGGUCAGCUUCUCGCUCUUGCAGGAGAAGGAGGCCGGACAGGGCCCACCCGACGUCUACAAGUGCUCGACCUGGGGAAGCAUGGGAGACCGCAACUUGGGCACCGCCAUCUUGAAAAGUCUCCUCCAAGCCCAGUCACGAGGCGACGGUGUUCCAAACUGUGAUCGUUUCGUCGCCUGUGUACACAGCGAGGGAUCAGAGAAGAGGUUAUCAGAGCAGUUUGCGGACGAGAAAAAGUCGGGGAAGCUGUCAAUUCGCAGAGGCGAGAAUGUAGCAGCCGUCGAGGAGUCAACGAUUGUCGUUCUUGGGGUUGACCCUGCCGAUGUGGAAGAGACGCUACGAGCGGAGGGUAUCAAGGAAGCACUUAAGGGCAAACUGCUCAUCAGCAUUGCUGCCGGCUGGACGAGGGCACAGAUUGAAGACCUUUUGAAACCUUUUACCGACAGCUCGGCUAGUCAAAUUGAGAGGACUUGGGUCCUCCGAACGCUACCAAACAUGGCUGCCGUGGUCUCGCAGUCCAUCACAGCAAUUGAGGAGCCCGAGAAGGGUUUCCCAGACCAUUACAGGGAAAUCGCAGACGCCAUCCUCAAGCAGAUCGGGGGAACUGUCAACAUCCAGCCCCGACUAAUGGAUGCCUUCACUGCCGUCGGGGGUUCCACGCCCGCCUUCUUCGCCGUGAUUUGCGACGCCUUUAUCGACGCUGCCGUCGCCGUGGGCAUGCCCAGGGCAGCCGCGCAGUCGACCAUCUACCAGAGCAUGAAGGGCGUUGCAGAGAUGCUGCAGAGCGGUAUUCACCCGGGCGUUUUGAAGGACCAGGGCACGUCACCGGAGGGUUGCACCAUUGGCGGGCUCAUGGUGCUCGAGGAGGCGGGCGUGCGUGGGCAUCUGGGGAAGUCGCUCAGGGAAGCUGUUACGCUUGCUAGACUUAUGGGCGGCGAUAAUCCACAUGUUAACGAUACUAGACAUUAG